AUGGAGAAGAAGCAGAAGAGCAUUAACGACAUUCUUCCUCUUGACCUGAUUCAGAGAAUCUUACUGAGGAUUCCGGUCAAACAUCUCGGCCGCCUCAAGUGCGUUUCGAAGCUUUGGCACUCUCUUAUUUCCGAUCCAGACUUUGCGGAAUCGCAUCUUCACCUCUCUUUUGCACCCACCCAUGCGUGCAUCUACAUAAAAAACUCCACGGAAGCUUACCUUGUUCACCUAGAUGAAGCAUUUAAUGGCGACAAUUACCAAGUAAAAGAGCUAUCUUUCCCUUUCAAGAAGAAGCCAAUUUCUGAGUUUCGUGUGAUGGGAUCCUGCAGAGGUUUUGUUCUCUUACACCAAGAGCCAUACUAUUUUGUAGUAUGGAACCCACUCACCGGAUUCAGCAAUAUUGUUCAUCGUAGUAUGGGCAGGUCCUCUUAUUUUCUCGAUAAUGCGAUUCUAUCCAUUGGUCGUCUUCCUCUGGUAUGA